AUGGCCCCAGUCGCUGUCAAGCUCUCUCACUGGCUCUCGGGGGUCUCUCUUCCAGGGAAGUAUGGUCUCUGUGCUGCUUUGAUCCUUUUAGCAUGCGUUUCUUAUCACAUUGGACGCGAUUGUCUGGCUUGGUCCCUAAAGCUGCAACGGGCCGUCUCCUGGAGGCGGUUUCUUCAGUCUCCGGUACCAAGCAUCCUAUACUAUCUAGAUAUCUUGUCGUAUAUCAAGUGUCUUUUACUGGUCGCCCUCUUGACAUCGAAUGUCGUCGUUCUGGUCUUCGCGGCUCAAUCUUUUACUGAAGUGCAGAGACGGGCUGGCUCAAUGGCCGUCAUCUACCUGUUCCCACUAUUUGCCAGCCCCACAUUCAGCCAGACAUCCAGCCUCUGUCGCUUGAGCCGAGAUACCCUAGCGUGGGCCCACCGCUGGGUGGGUCGAGUAUGUCUAAUUCAUUGCGUCCUCCACGGCACCAUAAUAUUGGAACUUACCCGCCAGUAUGCACCAUUAUCCGGUCCUCUUGUAGCCGCAUUUAGGGCAGCCGUCAGCUUCCUCGCGAUGCUUCCAGUUACACUUGCCGUAAUACUCCGGCGCCAUCCGCAGCUAAUGCUCAAACUUCACUAUCUGCUAGCCGUCUCUGGUGCGGCUUUCCUCGCAUACCAUCUGCGAAUCACUCGCUCAGUCUACUUCUGGGUGCUGGUCGGCGGUGUCAGCCUGUGGGCCGUGUUAUGUGUGGCUUUGUGGGCACAAACGAUGUGCGCGCUUCGCUCAUGGAGAGAUAUCCGGCUCCAGGCUGAGGCCAAAGCAUCCAAACAACUCCUCUGGGUGGAGAUCUCGGUGCCUCUACAGUGGAAUAUCCAGGCCGGUCAGCAUAUUCAGCUGUGGAUGCCGUGCUCGGGGUACCGCUCUUACUUUCACCUGCCGCUUUUCUAUGUGGCGAAUGUAGGAGAACAGCAACCGCAAAAGGGCAGAUCCACCUACCGCCGACUGCACUGUCUCGUGCGGUACCGACAUGGCCUCACCAAGAGACUAGCUGUGGAUGCGAUAAAAGCUAAUUGUAGCUUCCCAGUCUUCAUAUUCGGACCAUUUGGGCACCCGCCUUGCUUUGGAGAUUAUGGUACCGUGCUAUUCGUGGUUGAAGACAUAGGCCUGUUUCGAAUCCUUCCCUUCAUUCAACAGCUAGUCCAGGGCAGUCGCAGGAGGGAGACGGUGGUACGGAAGCUGGAAAUUCUUUGGGCGGUAGAUUGGAGCAGUAUCCUCGAGCUGGAGCUUCUUGUCGAGCCCAGAGGGGCCGACGCAUCUAUUUCGGCUAAUCACGUCCCAGAGAUCGAGCGGUCGAGAUAUAAGUUGUGGAUCUGGAAUAGCGUCCAGCGUCUUUUUGAACUCGACCGACAGCGGAAUCACGCUUUAGACUCUGGCGAUACGCAAGCCGCAAUGAGUUCAGCAAGCAGGCUGGGUAAGACCGGCGGGUUUGAUGUAAGUGUAUGUAGCUUUAGGUAAGUCGUGCUACUAACAGUUCGCAGAUUCUGCAAAUGAGAAUCUACUGUCCAGAUGCCCCCCCGGAGUCCCACACGCGAUUUCCACAAACAACGCGCAUCCAGUCUCUAUUUGAAGACUUCAUCGCAGGAAGGGAGGUCCAGGAGUAUAUUGAAAGCCAGUGCGGGAAAAUGAUAGUCGCUGUAUGUGCGGGUAAAUUGAUCCGGAGGGAGGUGGAACAUACGGCACGACCCAACAUUAGCGAAGAUCUGCGCUUAGUCAACCUGAGCCUAGAGCCAGCUGCCGAGUGGACGGGCGAUAAGAUCCUAAGCAUGCCGCAACAAAUCACCGAGGCUCACUACAGCGUAUCUUCCACCUCGCGGUCGCCAGAGGAGUCAUCUGGUAUGAACAGAGACUUCCCUUCAGUGACGAAGAACGGCGCUUCUGAUCAUAAUAAUUUUGUCAGGCAGAGAAUAGCUAAGGGAAGGAGAGUCCGAUGAGAAUCGAUGAGACAGGUCCGAGAGCUUGGCUUGCGCGUGUUUACGUGAUGAUCUUCGGUGUUAGGUGAGGUGGUGCCGAGCACAAUUAUAUAUUUACUCUGAAUGUGAAAUAUUUCCGUAGAAUGGAAAUAACUGACUCGACGCGAA